UAAGCGGACGGGAGCCAGUCAGGCAGCCAGCGCUUCCCAACCCAACGGGGGGUUUAAAACAGAAACUACUAGCCCAACUGUUUGUUCUGUACCGCGAAACACACCCCCUUACCUUAAUACAGUUGUAAACAAUUAGCAUUAUUAACUAGUCUUGGCCUCUGUCGUCAGUAUUAGAGGUGAAUAGAUAAAAAAGCGAGGAUGUUGGUCCCCGCGGGAAGAUAAUGAAGAAGCUGCGCGUGUUGUUGCUGUGCGCCGUUUUAGUUCUCCUGUGCUGGCACUCUUGUCAUCAUGUUUAUUGUUCAGAAGAGAUCUCCUCUGGCCCAGGGCUCCCUGCACAGGAUGCCAGCCGUUACACAACGCAGGAACCAGGGGCCGACGAAAAGGUUGAAGAGGAAAGGGCAACACACACUCGGUUAUCGUAUGACAUGGGCCUGGAAAAAGAGAGAGCUGCCCUAAAGGAAACAUCAUUGCACUCCCAAGACGCCCCGCUCGAAGAGAAACACAAACAGACUGUGAAUUUGGAAGAAGUGUUGGAGGAGCCGCAGAUUCUGCUUGAGUCUGCUCUCCCUGUGCUAGAACAACAACAACAACAGCAGCAGGAGCAGCAACCGGAACCUCAGAGCACUCAACAAUCAGACCAACAGCAAUCAGCUCAACCACCAACACUUGCGCAGCCCCAAACAGCACCGCCACUCUCCCAGCCCCAGCCAGACCCUGAAACUCUACAGCCCACUGCCACAGAGGACCAGGCUGCCCACACCUCCGCUGCUUUAACCCCUCCACAGACUGACCCGCACAGAGAAGACCCCUCUGCACCUCCUGCUGAACUCCAGAAGAGCCCAGAGUCAGCCUCACCUACCUCAGUCACCUCCUCCGAGAGCUCCUCCAGUGGACUAGACGUUCCGCGUCCUGAUGCCCCUGUAGAAAACUCUAGUGCCAGUCAGUGUGAGGUGGGCUCUGUGCCCCCCUUCAGCCAGUCCCUUGGCAUCACGCUCCCCAGUGUUGUGGAGGAAAAUGCAGAAAAGCAAGCAGAGAACCAGUCUGCCACAUUGGGAGUACAGAGUACAGAGACCAGUGUUGACCUGACUGCCACUCUGCUCCCGAGUGAGCUGGACCUCACAGAGCUGGGGCGGACAGCCAGUAUCCCUCCACCUACAAAAAGCCAGCAGGUGAUGGACCAUGAGGGAGCAACAGACCCUCCUGUGCCCAGUAAAGAGGACAUCCCCACUUUUGAUGAGUGGAAGAAGAAAGUGAUGGAAGUAGAGGAGAAGAAAAGUCAGUCUAUGCACACUUCAUCAAAUGGCAGCCCUCAUCCAGUCAAAAAGGUCCAAAAGAAUUUCAAGAAUAACUAUGCUUCUGUCGAAUGUGGGGCCAAAAUCCUCUCUGCCAACAAUGAGGCCAAGAGCACGUCUGCCAUCCUGAUGGAGAACAUGGAUCUGUACAUGCUGAACCCCUGCAGUACCAAGAUCUGGUUUGUUAUUGAGCUCUGUGAGCCAAUCCAGGUGAAGCAGCUGGAUAUUGCAAACUUUGAGUUGUUCUCCUCUACACCAAAAGAUUUCCUUGUGUCUAUAAGUGACAGGUAUCCGACCAAUAAGUGGAUCAAGCUGGGCACAUUUCACGCCCGUGAUGAACGCACAGUACAGAGCUUCCCUCUGGACGAGCAACUCUAUGCCAAAUAUGUCAAGAUGUUCAUCAAAUACAUGAAGGUUGAGCUGCUCUCCCACUUUGGUUCUGAACACUACUGUCCACUCAGCCUGAUCAGGGUGUUUGGCACCAGUAUGGUGGAGGAGUAUGAUGAGAUAGCUGACUCUCAGUACACCUCAGAGAGAGCCGAGUAUCUGGAUGAAGACUAUGAUUACCCACCCGGCUACCUGCCAUCAGAGGACAAGACAUCAAAGAAUCUGCUGGGCUCUGCCACAAAUGCCAUCCUGAACAUGGUAAACAACAUUGCAGCAAAUGUGCUAGGAGGGAAUCCGGAGCUAGAGGACGGAGCUGAAAUGGAAGGAAACGUUUCCACUGGGACAGAAAACGUCACACAGGCGUCAACAGAAACCCCACUCACGCCAGAACCCACCCCUACUGAACAGCCCUCUACGCUGGAUAUUCUUGAGCUGGAUCCCACUCUAGUGAAGGAGGACUUAAAGAUUCCUCUUCCUGAGGCUCCUUCAGAGCCUCCCCCUGAGGAAAACCGUAUCGUCAUCCUCAUCGAGGAGGAAGAAGAGGCCACUCAGCCAACGGUGACCCUGCUGGAGGAGGAGCGAGAGGAGGAGAAAAGACUAGAGGAGAUGUGGGAGAGUGAGAGCACCACGUACUGCGGCCACCUCUCGACUUUGUCCUGUUUGGCGUCUUUGCACGAACACUUCUACUGCUACUGUUCGGCAGCUUUAGCACUACAGCGCCAGCGUAGAGACCGCCGCCACAAAGCACAGCACACACACACCGAAAUGGACACGCAAACCACUCCUCUGCAGUCACUCCCUGACACCACCCCAACCCAAGAGCCCCCUGCACCCUCUGAGAAACUUCCAGAAACAGAGUGGCCCUCUCAGGCACAAGCCGAGAGGAUUUCCCCCACUGAAACGGUGGCUACUCUGCCUCAGUCCUCCAGUGGGGAAUCUGUGAUGAGCGAGCAGGAGCUCCCACCUGAGACUAUCCUGUUAGAGCCCAGUCGUACCUCCACCCUUCCCCCACACAGCUUCUCCGACACCCCCACCCAAAACAUCCCAGAGUCUCUACCCACAGGAGAGCCCGUGGACCAGCAUCCGCAGUACCUGGUGGACAUCCCAGAAACCCAUACACCCGUGAGCAGCACCAGCAGCCUCCUCUCACCCAGUGCUGCCUCCUCUCCGCUCUCCUCCACCACCACCAAACCCCACAGUCCAGAGACAGACCCUCCCAAACUGGAGCUCCCCGUCCCCACCAAAGAGCAGACAGUUCAGCCGUUGCCCACCCACACUCGCCCUGCUGAGAUCCCACCUCCUACUGAACUUCCCGUCCCACUUCCAGAGGCCUCAGAUAACGGCAGGACUGCAGGGGUUGAAGAUCCUCACCACAGUGCUGUGGCCUCCCAGCUGGAGCUUUCUGAAGCCCCUCUGUCUCAACAAGAGGAGACUGUAGAUGACAUUCUGCUCCCACACCGCACCACCGGAGAGUUUUACGCAGAGCAGCAAAAUUCGGUGGAAAUGGGCCACGGGAAUGGAAACGGCAACGGGAAUCAGGUGCACGGAUCCAACCAGAAGGAAUCCGUGUUCAUGAGAUUGAAUAACAGGAUUAAAGCACUAGAAAUGAACAUGUCCCUCAGCAGCAGAUAUCUAGAGGAGCUCAGCCAGAGGUAUCGUAAACAGAUGGAGGAGAUGCAACGGGCUUUCAACAAGACCAUCAUCAAACUGCAGAACACCUCCAGAAUUGCAGAAGAGCAGGACCAGAAACAGACAGAGUCUAUACAGAUGUUACAGAGCCAGCUGGAGAAUGCCACCAAGAUCAUGCUGAACCUGUCUGCCACUGUUGCUCAGCUACAGCGAGAGGUGUCUGACAGACAGAGUUACCUAGUGCUGUCUCUGAUCCUGUGUCUGACGCUGGGUUUGCUGCUUUGUAUGCAGUGCUGCAGGAGCUCACCCAGUCACAACACCAGCUCAAGCAUUCCCAUGAGCAACCACUACCCCAGCCCUAAGAGGUGUUUUUCCUCAUAUGAUGAUAUGAGUCUGAAACGGAGAGUUUCUUGCCCUCUCGUUCGUUCAAAGUCAUUUCAGCUGCCCACGUCAGAAGUAGGUCCUGAUGACUUGUACAUUGUAGAACCUCUAAGGUUUUCUCCAGAGAAAAAGAAGAAACGCUGCAAGACAAAAGGAGGGGACAGAGUGGAGACGCUCCGGGCCUCCGUCCCCUCAGCGACGGGUGUUAAUGGUCAGCCCAGAUGCAACGGUGAAUCAUCAUCUUUUCAAUUCCUGCCGUCAACGUGCAAUGGCUUAGUGUCCACCAGCUCAUGUGCGUCAGAGGGCAGCUCCGAGAGCUCCGCUUCUACACUGUCUGAGGAGUCCUUCAGCAGUGCCCCCUUCAUGAAUGGACACGACCCAAACCCGUGCAACGGCGAGCCCCCACCGACCUUCCCUCCAGCCAAGAGCAAGAUGGAGAAGAGGUCUCUGAAGCGACGCAAGUCCAAGAACGCUGAGCAGCAGGAGGCCCCGUGUGUAGGGGAGAUACUGCAACUUCCUGUGACGGUCAUGCCCACGCUGGAGGAACUCAUGAAGGGAAAGGCGAAUCUGGGCGUGGCCACAUUUGGAAGGACAGAUGUAACGGGACGAGUUUGAGUUCUUAUGCCACCAUCUUUCUUUUUUUUUAUUCCAUCUCACCAUCGUUUUGAGAUUUUAUUGUGAGCGCUGAUCCUGACGCCAUCUUCACUACAUCCUGGUUCUCUGAACUUUGGUUAUGUGCCUUUUUUAUCCAUUCAGGAUCAUUUUCGUUAUUCCCUUUAAUUUUUUUGUUUUUUAUUCUUCUGGGGAAGUUCUGACUGAUAAACAUUUGCAAGUAUGAAUGAGACUUGAUUUGAUGUUCUCUUGUCUCUGAAACAUACAUACGGCUCAUGUAAAUGUGGCGCUGCAUCACCGUGACCAGGAGUUUAGGCCGGGUACAUGUGACCUGUCCGAUUCCGGCAAACACAUUCAACGUGUUUCUUUACACUAACAGGACCCUCUUUCACUGUCCCUUUAAUGCUCUCACUCUCACUCUCUCCUUUCCUUCCUCGUUGGGAAUAUAAUUCUUGUACAUGUUAGUGUUUGUGACUCUAUGUCAGUCAUUGUCUGUGGUUGGUUUGUGGGACCAGUGAUGUCACAUAGCACAGGGCUUCAAUCCAGUGAACAGAGCUGAAUGAAGAACAGAUCCAGUUCAUGUUGAUUCUGUCUUCAUUUCCUCUUUUAGGGCCAAAUUAAGGCCUUUUUCGCUUCUAUUAAAAUCACGAUCUAGUGAGACCAACGAGUCCAGGCUGGGCCUGAACACUCACACACACAACCACACAUUCAUACAUGAACAUGCAUAUUGUGACGCACCCAACAGUGUCUUGUGCUCAGUCUCCAGCUUUUUCAAGCAUGUUUACAGCUCAUUUUCUUCAUGUUCAAUGUAGCCGUCAUUAAAAAAAGACACAUGCAGAUUUUAAUUUUUUAAUUUUUACUCACUUUAUAUGUACACGGGGAGUUUGUUGUGGACAUUCUGUUAUUUUAGUGGUAAUUAUUUAUGUAUUUAUUUAUUUAAAAGUGACCCGGGCUCUAUGAGAUCAGGGUCAUGUGACAUAUGAGAUACAGUGGCCCCUCCAUGUUUGAGAUUUAUUACAGAUACACACAAAUGGUACAGACAACAUCUUUCUGUUCUCUAAAGUUUGCACACUCUACCUUUUUUUGUAAUUUGAGAAAGCUGGAUUCUGAUUUUGACAUUUUAUUUUGGAUGUUUGAUUUAUUCAGUUAUUUUGCAUUCAAAUCAAAUUUCAGUAUCAAAUGAAGUAUCCGAUAAAUCCGUUCUAAUGCUCAUAACGUGAUCAUGGAGAUGUUGUGCAUCUGAUUGACUCAGCUUCUCUUUGACCCAUCUGGCUGAGAUUUGCUUUUCCUCAGCUGGGUCUGUUCGGAUGAGCUUUGAGUUACUGGAUUCGGGGUGAAUCGUAAAAAUGGCCGAGCUCUCGUUGUUGUGCAAAUAUUAUGCAUGAGUCCAGCAAAGCAACCGUCUGGUUUGUCCUACCUGUCAUGUACGUGUAAAGUUGAUCUGUGUGUGUCCAGCAUCUUCUCUAGUCACACACUCCUUGUCCCUCUUAACACUUAUGUAUUUGUGUGUUCGCUGCUUUCUUAGUUAUUCUUAAUGCACCCAAGAGGCCAUUUGACAUCCCAGCUGUGUGGGAUCUGUGUGUUCUAUGUGUUGUAAGUGUUUUCUUUCAUGCAGACGAUCCCAUCAUUGACCUUUUAUCAAACUCUGGGGUUUAGAGAAUGUGAAUUCACAACACGAUUUCAAUAAAAGGGAAAGAUUGGGAUGGCGUGCGAUGGACCAUCGCUGUGUGAUUUCCAUGAUAUAUGUUUGUUUCACUUUAAAAUGUUUUACUACCUUUCUCCUUCUUUUUGAAUGGAAAUUGAUAUAUGCUUGUGGAAUUUAUGUCUGGAUGUUUUUUUCAUGCAGUGUGUGUGUUGAAGACUCUUUCCAGUACCCCAGUGAGUAGAGACCGCUGCGUGUGUCUCUCCUGAGAACUCCACACACAUGCCUUUGUUUUUCUCCACCACAACUUGUACAAGUGCUUUUUCGCCCCAGGCUUCCUUUAGAACGGCGCCCUCUAGUGGCUGAUGCCUGAUGCCUGGGUGGCGCCCUAAUGAAUUCUCAUAACCUGUGAGGACGAGCUGCACAGUAUUUGAUUUUCUUUUCUUUUUCCAGUUGUAACUACAGCAGUGUAGUGCCAUUAGAAACUGUGAAUUUAUAAAUAAAACAUUUUGUUGUCUUUA